AUCAAUUAAAUCAGUGUACAAGUGGCAAUGAAUUUUUAGAACUUGCUCUUUGUGAGUAUAUAUGACAAUGACAUUGACAAAUGGUUUACACGCGAUGUUUCGUUAAAUAUAAGGUUAUGUUUUUAUUUUGCAUUGCUUCAGUUAUUGCUUAAAUAAAACAUUUCUUCUAAAAACACACAAAAAUGGACAGCAAUCAAGAUUACUUUACAAGCUAUGAAGACUUAGAGAUUCACAGACUAAUGUUGGAGGAUUAUACACGAACAGAAACAUAUAGAAAGGCUAUACAAGAUCAUAAAGAAUGUUUUAAAAACAAAACAGUAAUGGAUGUAGGAUGCGGUACAGGCAUUUUAUCUGUGUUUUGCGCACAAGCUGGCGCCAAAAAGGUUUAUGCUGUUGAAGCAAGUAAUAUUGCUAACAUAGCUAAGGAAGUUGUGAAAGAAAAUAACUUUGAAGAAGUGAUAGAGGUAAUACAAAACGAAGUUGAAAAUGUGAUACUAGCAAACAAUGAGAAAGUAGACAUUAUAGUAUCAGAAUGGAUGGGUUUUUAUCUCCUUCAUGAAGGCAUGUUAGAUUCUGUGUUGGUAGCCAGAGACAAGUUUCUCAAAGAAGAUGGGCAAAUGUUUCCAGAAACUGCUGCAAUUUAUAUUGCCCCAUGUAGUGUUCCAAGCCUAUACCACCAAUGGAAUAAUUUUCAUGGAGUUACAAUGUCUACAUUUGCUAAGAUAUUGAGAACAGACCGAAGCAAAAAACCAGAAGUUAUGCAAAUAAAACCAGAAGAUUUAUUGGGCACAGAAAUUCUUCUGGGUGUCAUAAAUCUAAAAGAUGUGCAAUUAUCAGAAUUAGAUUUAUUUGAAAUACAACAUGUUGUGGGCGUCAAUAAAGCAGGAAAAUAUCAAGGCUUAUGUAUAUGGUUUGACUGCACAUUCCCUGUGUUUUCUGAAAAUUGUAAACCACUUGUUUUAAGUACAAGUCCUUACAGUCCACAAACACACUGGAAGCAAACUGUGAUAUUAUUUCCUGAAGAACGAGAAGUUGAAGAAUCAGAACCUUUGGCAUUUAAAUUAAGCAUGACUAGAGACAUUGUUCAUAACAGAAGAUACAAUCUUCAAGUAGUACUUUUAGAUCCCGAUACUGUGGAUCAUCCAAUACCUUGUUCAUGUGAUAUGUCAAAAUGUAUUUUAAUCAAAAUGCUGAUGUUGCAACACACUGGACAUGAGAAGACUGGUGAUGAGAAGAGCACCACAGAUGAUAUCCUUGAGGAUGAGGUUAUUGAUGACAGUUGAAAUAAAACUAUAAUAAAAUA